AUGACUCAAAGCGAAACAGCCCCCAAAUCCGCCGGCGUCGUGGCCGACGAGCAGUAUGCCGGACAGCUCUACUCCCACAAAAUCUACCAGUACUACCAGGCGUUGGCGGAGAAGCACGCUGUGGUGAACAAAAAGUGUGGUGACAUCUCCGAGAGCAUCUGGCCUAAUUUGACUGGCGACACGCUUAUUGGUCCAGACAAGAUCGGGCUUAGGUCGGGCUCGUUGUACUUGAUCGACGACAAGUUCUUGACGACGUUCGAGGACGUGGAGGAGCUCGUGGAAGGUGAAAACAACGUGGGGUACACAUUUUUCAGAUUGGGGUCCAAGAUCUCAGGACACCCGAAGAUCGUGCACGGCGGGCUUUUGGCCACGUUGUUGGACGAGUUGACGUGCCGCGUGGCGUUCCAGAACUUCCAUUCGAAGAAAGGCGUGACCGCCAACUUGAACAUCAAGUACUUGAAGCCGUGCUUCGUCAAUCUGUACGUCUUGAUCAAGUGCACGUUUGUCAACAAAAAGGGCCGCAAGUGCAUCACCAAGGGCCAGGUGUACCGUGUGGACUUGGACGCGGAGAUCGACGGCGAUAUCGCUGAGUUUGUCGAGUCCAAGGAGAACUUAUUGACGGAAGCUGAAUGUCUUGUGAUCGAGCCCAAAUGGGUCGAGGACCUCCACAACCAGGCCAAGGAGGCCGUGGCUGCACGGUCCUAA